AAUGAGGGGCUUUGAAAUGCUGGUCAGGGUAGAGUGAAAAGCAGCUGCUGGCAAUAAUACCAACCCCUAGCCAGGACCAAGUUCUGGUUCAGCUCUAAGGGCACAGAACUAGUGGAGCCUUUCUCGGCCUCACAGGACUUCAGCACCUGAGACAGCUCCAAUAUUCUCCUGAGCCAGAAAGCCUUGCAGGAUUACUCCUAGGAGAGCAUUCUUCCUUUAUAACAACAAAAAGACAAGUUUCUCAAUUUACCUGGUUCAGAAAUGGAAUCCAGAAGGAAGCCCCAGCUUUUUGUACGACUGAUACUUUUCAGCAUGCUCUUCUCACAAAUGCUGGCAUGGCCUCUUUUCGAAGCACCUUCUCUGAGAAUACCAUUUGAAGGAGCAAAUGAACUUGAUCAAACUUCAUUAAAAGCAGACACUGACGUUUUGCCAAAUGCAUUUGCUGAAAAUGACAAGAAUGCCAGAUAUGCUGAUGGACUUCUCACUAAUGACUUUAGUAAACUCUUGGGUCAACUUUCUGCCAAAAAAUACCUUGAGGCCCUUGUUGGAAAACCAGAUAGGGAUAAUGUCUCAGAGGAUAUGGGACUAAUCAAACGUCACUCGGAUGCAGUUUUCACUGACAAUUAUACCCGCCUCCGAAAACAAAUGGCUGUAAAGAAAUACUUGAACUCCAUUCUGAAUGGAAAGAGGAGCACUGAGGGAGAAUCCCCUGAUUUUCUUGAAGAUUUAGAAAAAUGAUGAAAACGUUCUUUAUGCAAAGCUGGUGACAACUUCCCAGUGAAUUUCUGAAGAAAAACGAUUAGGUGAAGUAAUUAUAUUUUGAGUUCUACAUAAGUAAUUCAAGAAGCGUUUUCAAUAUUAAAAACCAAAUAAAAUACUCUGUUGUGAAUGGUGUGAUUUAUUUAUUCUAAUGUAAUAACUGUGAUGUUAACAUUGCAAAUAUUAUUUGAUAGUUCUUAAAUUUGUCUUUAAAUAGUGAAAAUCCUGUAAUUUCAUAUGGUGUGUAUCCUUUCUAACAAAAAUAUAUUUAGUGAUAAGAAAAUACUAGGUUAAUUCCAAUUAUACGAGGCUUUAUAUGGAAGGGUAGUAAUAGAACAUAAUUGAUAUGUUUAUUCGUAGAGCACAUUUAACUAUUCAGAAGAGUGGAGCAGAUAAUCAGUGUGUCCAAAUUUGAAUGUUAAGCGGAUGAAAUGCUGUAUUAAUUAAACCUGAAAAUGUCUAAGAGAAUUCCAACAAAGUAAAAAAUACAUUCAUUAAAAAGAUUUUUCAAAAAAUGUUAUGUAUUCCCACAUCAGAAGGCAAGCUUAUUUUCAAUGGGAUUAACAUCUCUCAAAUUUAAAUCUCUUACUGCCAAAGGCUGUCUUCUGAGGUAGUGUUUCAAUGAAGGAGAAUGGCCUCUGCUUCUGACACUGGAUCUUUCUUUUAUGCUGUGUUAAGUAUGUGUAGAAUGUAAACUGAGUGGAGCUUUUGUUUUCAGUAAUAUUUUUU